CACGCCAUUUAUAACACUUGACUCGUGAGAAGAAGUACUUCAAAUUUAAAUUUACAAUAAAUUAAUUGGUGGCUCAAGUGAGAAUCAAAAUGUCUCUGGAUCCUGAAAUAGUGCAAGAAAGGGAAAAUUAUCCUCUAAAAGUGUUUCAAGCCACUUUGAAUAUUCUUUCGCAUCUACUAAUUGGUUUAGUUGUUGGUAUAUCUCUUAUUUUCGCUUUUCGUAAUGGAUUGCCGUUGAAUGCUAACUCGCAACACAUAAUUUUGUGUGUACUUGGGUACCAACUUCUAAUGGCAGAAUCAAUUCUAAGUCUAUCAGCUGACAACGGCUGGUCUGGGGUCCUGAGAUUCAAAGAUAAGAGGAGGGCUCAUACUAUUCUGCAAGUGGUGGGGUCUGCAUUAGCUGUCGCCGGUAGUAUCAUACUAAUGCUGAGUAAGACUCAGAAUUUCAACUCUCUACAUGGCCAAUUCGGUUUAGCUGCUAUGGUUUUCACAACUGUCAGCCUCGUCAACGGUGUAACCUCUCUUUACGCAUUUGAAUGGCGGCGAUUCUGUCCAGGAAACAUUUCGAAACUUACUCACAUCUGCUUUGGGGUUGCCGCCUUCGGAUGUGCCUCUAUCAGUUUGUGCUACGGUUUUGACUAUAUCUUCUUCAGAAUGUGGGCAACAAAUAACUUUACUGAUACUUUGAUAGGCUGCACUGCCUGUUUUACUGUUAUCAUUAUUAUCAAUCCUGCUAUUAACUUUGCAAAGAAAAGCUACCAAUUAGUAAGUAAUUAGUUUCAUGGUAUGCCGAAUUCCAUAUAAUAUAUAAUCCUGUUUAAACAUUUAUUUAAACUUUUGGAAUAUGAUCCCAUUAAAGUAAAACGGUAUGGAAUCUCAUUAGCAGGAUAUUAAUAAAGUUAUAAUAGGUAGCAGAACAGAUUAUCAUGGAAAUAGCCAUCAUUAUGUAUAAUAGAUUAAGGUAUUUUUGUAAAUAUUUGUAUUAAAAUACACUUGAUGAAUAGUAUCUGUCUUACUUUAUAUAUUAUAGUGAUAUUAACAUAACCGUAAAUGUCUACGUCAUCUUUUUUCCUUGAAAUCUAAAUAAUGUUAUGAUACUUUACCUAAUGCUGGAUCUAUCUUUUUUACUAUGACAAAACGAGACAAAUGACGACUUAAAUGUGCAAGAUUUUACCAAUGUGUAUCAAGAUUUUCUUCACGUAAAUAUUUGUAUGAAUAAUUGGCCUGUCCACAUUUUAUAUGAAAGUAUUAUUCGAUGGAAUUUUCUUAUUAUAAGUACAAACAUAGGCCAAUUAUAGAUAUAGGAGUAAGCCCCUGUAAGUAGGAGUUAAAAGUAUUUUCUUAACCAUCUAAACUACUAAAAUAUAAAUACUUACGUCAUAUAAAACUACUGUAAUGCAUCACGAUAAUAAGACAAUGUUACAAAUCUUGGAUUAUGUUUUCGUUUAUUAUGAAAAUGUUCUAUGUAA